AUGUGCUUCCAGGGCUUCGUCUACUUUGCUUGCGGGCACAACAGAAUCGUGACCCACGACUGCGAACAUGCGCUGGUUGCUGGUAAUCCGCAUUACAUCAGACACCAAUGCCCGGACUACAACUCCUCAAGCGAACGACCGAACUUCCAGUGCGGCCUUGGAAAAUACUACUGCAGCGAAUCUGUGGAUGGACCCUUUCUCGACCAUGUUCAUCAAGCGGCCACUACUGCGCAGUCCAACAUUAGCAUCAUUGACACCCAGCUAGUAAACUUGGGCAACACCCGUGGUCAGCUGAUAGCCGAAGCCAAAUUCCGAGGGAUGAGCGAUGAAGCUCUCAUGCACAGCAAGGAGCACCAAUGGCUUGUAGCUAAGCGGGGUGAGUGGACCGUCGAGAGGAACCGCCAACAGAUUACUCAGAUUGAUGCCACCGCCAUAACUCAGCAGGCUCUUCGCUACUACAAGGACAUGCGCCCCCGCUACGGCGACUUCAGCAACGCCGGGCCACGAGCCCCAUUCAUACCAGUUACCGGGCAAUACUCUCAACUUCCUAGUCCUGCUCGCACGCAUCUUGCUGCCACUCCAGGGUACACAACUGCGAGCACAACCUACCCACCUGUGGUACCGUCACGAGUCACUGGAGAGACCAUUUCUGCGCUUGCGGACAAUGUCAGGGUAGCUCAGCAAGCAGAAAUGGCUCGACAACGCAACAUGUCGCCUGUCGCAAAUCAAGAUCGUAAGGUCGGCCGGCAACGCGGAGCUAUGUCAGCUCGACCCCAGAAGUCAAGGGCUACACAGGCCAGGGCAGCCGAGCACGAUAGCGCGGAAGAGGAGAUUGAGGUCGUGCGCAGGAGUGCCCGUGUCCGCAACAAAAAGGUGAAUUAUGCAGAAGACGGCUGCUCGUCGAUUGCCUCCCGUGAACCUUCACCUGCCAAGUCUGAUCGCUCUGCGUUCUCACCACUGAUGUCAGAUGCGUCGUCCACUGCGGAGAAAGACUGUAUCGGCGCGACAACAAGCGCGAAGAAGCCUUGUGAAACGCCACGGACACUUUCCCGUCCUGCGAGUUCGCUGAAUGACAAGAUCACGGACUGGUCUAAGAGGAGCAAUGUUAGGGAGACAAGCACAUCUGAUGGUCGCCGCACCAUGCCCGACAUGAAAGAUAUACUGAACUCAAGCCCGGCGUCCGAAGUUUUCGCUUCGAACAGAACUGUGGGCCAAUCAGAGAACCACAGACAAGCUCGUGGGUACACAUUCAAGGAGCCGAUCAACACAUCCAAGAAGCCUGAAGCGCUCGCUCUGGCUCUCAACUCUACGCCUCAGCCGUUGGAGAAGCAUCAGAUCUUCCCACCGAUCACUAUGGCUGCACAGCAAGACCAGGUCGGGAUCCUCACCCCUGCGCCUAUCUUAGCACGGCCUAAAUCACAUCACGCGGCAUUUGACGUCGGCUCCUAUGUACCGCUAUUUCGCCCACAACAGCCGCUUCUGCGCGAGCCGUCUAGCGGCACGGCAAUGCCGACUUCAGUAUGGGACCAAGCCUCACCGGUCACAUCCACUCAGCUCCACCGUGGCCCUUCCUUGCCAUACCAAGCCUUCACUGUUCACACGGACAGCAUUACUGGCCUUGGAAAAGAAGAGAAUGGCGAGCACGAAGUCGAUGUGAACUCGUACUAUGGUAGCUUGCGUCGUAGCUUCGGGUCUGGUACGCCACUGGCACCUACGAAAUUGUUCGAUGGUGCACAAAGUGAUCGCGACCCGAAGAAGCGGCUCUCUUCUACUCUGACUGAGACGGAGAAACCUCGAAAGCGCAUGCGCCUGUCUCUUCCUGGGCAAGAAGCUCAGCCUGCCGCGCAGCCAGCACCGAAUUGGCUGCUGGGCCAAGGUCUCAUCAUGAAUACCGACGGCCGUGGAGCACCGCUGUACGCACCUCUCAUUACUCAAGGCCAAGUUCGCAUGCAAGGUAACAACAGCCCAUCGAGCCUCGGUGCACCUUUCGAACCACCUACUGCUAUCAUGACGGCCACUACUGCUCCAUCAGAUGAGGGUCUCGAUGGCGUUGCUAGUAGUGCCUCGCCACCAGGGCAAAAGGCUGAGCAGGCUUCAGCAGAGAAUGACACCGCUGAGAGUGGCCCAGACUUCUCGGACAUUGAUUGGGGUCACCAUGAGCAUGACCUUGAUGCUUUCGUUGAUUGA